AUGAGGUGGGACAUGAACGGAAUCACCAAGAGCAGGUUUGAGAUGUUCUCAAAUAGUGAUGUGAUCAAUAAAAAGCUUCCCAAAGAACUCCUAUUACAGAUAUUUUCUUUUCUUUAUGUUGUUACCUUAUGUGGCUGUGCUCAGGUCUCCAGGGCCUGGAAUGUUCUGGCUCUAGAUGGCAGCAACUGGCAGCGAAUUGACCUGUUCAAUUUCCAGAGGGAUAUUGAGGGCCAGGCAGUGGAGAAUAUUUCAAAAAGAUGUGGGGGCUUUUUAAGGAAGUUAAGUCUUCAUGGGUGUCUUGGAGUAGGAGACAAUACAUUAAGGACCUUUGCACAAAACUGUAGGAACAUUGAAGUACUAAAUUUAAAUGGGUGUACAAAGACUACAGACACUCUGAGUGAAGGAUAUCCACUGUUUGAGCAAUUGAACAUUUCCUGGUGUGACCAAGUAACCAAGGGUGGCAUCCAAGCACUAGUGAGAGGCUGUGGGGGUCUCAAAGCCUUAUUCUUAAAAGGCUGCACACAGCUAGAAGAUGAAACUCUCAAGUACAUAGUUUCACACUGUCCUGAACUGGUGACUUUGAGUUGCUUGCAAAUCAUAGAUGAUCUCAUUACUAUAUGCAGAGGGUGCAAUAUGUUACAGUCUGUCUGUGCCUCUGGCUGCUCCAGCAUCACGGAAGCCAUCCUGAAUGCUCUGGGUCAGAACUUCCCACUACUUAGAAUAUUAGAAGUGGCAAGGUGUUCUCAAUUAACAGAUGUAGGCUUUACCACUCUGGCCAAGAAUUGCAUUGAGCUUGUAAAGAUGGACCUGGAAGAGUGUGUUAAAAAAACAGAUAGCACCUUAAUCCAACUUUCUAUACACUGUCCUCAACUUCAAGUUUUGAGUCUGUCUCACUGUGAGCUGAUCACAGAUGAUGGAAUUCAUCAUCUGGGGAAUGGGGCCUGUUCUCAUGACCAGCUGGAGGUGAUUGAACUGGACAACUGCCCACUAAUCACAGACGCAUCCCUGGAGCACUUGAAGAGCUGUCACAGCCUUGAGCGGAUAGAACUCUAUGACUGCCAGCAAAUCUCACGGGCUGGAAUCAAGAGACUCAGGACCCAUUUACCCAAUAUUAAAGUCCAUCCUUACUUUGCACCUGUCAUUCCACCCCGGUCAGUGGGGGGCAGCAGACAGCGCUUCUGCAGAUGCUGCAUCAUCCUAUGACAGUGGAGGUGGCAGCCAUGACAAACUGAAUAUUUAAUGACACUUCUAGAGUUAUCGCGGAGUCUCCAGUGAAAGUGACCCAGUGUUCUGGACAAGGGUUACUACGUGAGGCAGCUUUCAGAUUCCCAGAGCCACACAUACAUAUACAUACCCAUCCACUCUAGCUCUGUGACAGGAGACUGAAGAUUGUGCUGGCUUUAUCAAGUGGAUUGAUAAAACUUAGCCAUUCCUGUUGGACCAGAAGAAAAUCAUAGGCAAGGUAGGGGGAAGGGCAAACCCAGUGUUACUGCUUACUACUGUUUCUUUAUUUUAUUAAGGGGUUUAUUUGGUGAUUUUGGAACAGCAACUACAGUCCUCCAGGGUCAAGGAAAGCAUAGAGAAAAACAAUAUAUGUUGUAUCCAGAGACCAGAAAGAAAAUUUCUUUGCAUCCUAUAAAUGGUAGCCAUCCAUUGUGAGAUGACUACACAGCUUCUGUGCUUCCUUGUUCCCAUGCCAACAUUCUGAGCAUGCUCACAAAGAAGGCUCCUCCAUUCUGCCCCCUGUUAAAUAUUUGGCCCAGUGGUUUCCUAAAUGGUCGCAUUGAAAUUACUGUGGUCCAAAUGUGAUUACCUAUUCACUCAAAUUGACACUGUCUGUAGCACACUUGUGCACCUGUUGUCCUUUGUUACUCCCUCUUGCAUUUUUGCCCCAUCUGUCACCUGUUCAUAGUCUGCUUACUCAUACUCAGUUGUUACUCUUUUGCUGUUGUUGUGUUUACAGUUUGCAUUUUGAAUGAUUAGUUGGGGUUACCAAACAUUUUUAAAAGAGACAUUAUCAAUAAAUAUUUUUUUAAUUCUAAAAAAUAAAAUAAAA